GCUCCGAAUCCCUCCCUCCGGGUUGCCCCUCCUGCUCUGGGGCUCACUCUUUGAGUUUGUGCUGGUGGAAGAUGAACGCGAUGAUGCUGAGCGCGGCCCGUGGCCUUCUGCUGCUUCGCGGAGGUGCCAGGACCUCUUCGUCCCUCCUCUCCUCCUCAUUCUCUUCCGCGGGUCCUCGGGCCCUGAGCUCGGCCGCCGACGCGGGGACCCGGGACCGCAUCGCGGGGCUGCUGACCCAGGACCGCGUGGUGGUGUUCAUGAAGGGGGUCCCCUCGCAGCCCAUGUGCGGAUUCUCCAACGCCGUGGUGCAGAUCCUGCGCAUGCACGGCGUGGAGGGGUACACCUCCUUCAACGUGCUGGACGACGAGGGCCUGCGGCAAGGCAUCAAAGAGUACACCAACUGGCCCACCAUCCCGCAGGUGUUCUUCAACGGGGAGUUUGUGGGCGGCUGCGACAUCCUGCUGCAGAUGCAUCAGAACGGGGACCUGGUGGAGGAGCUCAAGAAGAUCGGCAUCCAAUCGGCACUGCUCGAUGAGGGGGAGGCCAAGAAGUAGCGCGCGUGGAGGGGGGGGCGCAAGCGCACACGCAGGAACACGCACACGCAGGCACACACACACAUGCACUUAUAUACACGCACGCACUUAUAUACACGCACGCACACACGAACAUGUGCACGCACAGAUUUAAGCGUGUACUUGCAUACGCGCACACAUACACGUACGCAGCACACCUCCAGACAGAAACCCCUGUAGCAUUGUUGGGGCCAUGCACAUAUGCGCGCACGUUCACAUGUACACGCACGUGCUUGCGCGGCCAGCAUGGUAAGAUUCGGCCCCCUCAGACAUUCGGCAAAUUGUUACGAUCUGGGAUAUGAACUCUAUUCGGGGUUGGUUUCUUUUUGACUAGCAACUGAGCUGUCUGCAGGAGUCGCGUGAACCCAUUAACAAUAGGAACCGACCAGAGAUGCGAUCGACUGUUACACGCACGAUUCUUCUAUGCAUGGAUCGCGAGCGUAAGAGUUGAUUUUUUAUUUCUAAUCGAUGCGUUGUUGCACACCUGAACGCCCACGCCACUGGUAGGCACAUCAUUACAGACGAACUCAUCGGUCGAUGCCUCUUGCCACUUUAUACAAAGUUACGCCAUGCGGACGGCGAGUGUGUAAGCGAGCAUAUUGGCUUGUGCAGGGCAGGUAUUUGUGCUCGGAAACAGGGGCGAUGGAUCGUACGAACACACGGGCUUGUCUCACAUUUAACCCUUGGACACCAGCAACAGCGGGUGGAGGUUAUUUGACUGGCUUUGAAUCUCGGAUAGAAGUUGAAUUUUUCCACUUUGGGAGGGGAUGUGGGGGUUGUGUUGGGGAUUAUUAACAGGGAGAGGGCUGGUUUUAAAUCACAUGGACACGGAUUCCCACGCGGCGCCCAGCUACCCUAGCGACAACCAAACUCCACGUCACCGGGGCAGCCCGAUCGUGAAGUCUGCCCCCUAAUAAUUAUGCUAAGUCAUGUACAGUGUGUGCCCCCACCACUAAUUCCUUCCCUGUAUCAGGCCGAUAUAGCUGUAUAUAAACCUUAAACAGGAGCUUAAUCGUGUGAGAACUCAGUGCGAGUUUUUUUUUUCUUUCCCCAAUGCGAGUGUAUUUGUCUCCACGAUUGGGAUACGUGGAAUGACUUGGCUAUGCGUAAAUGCUUUAACCGGAAUGUACCAGCGGCUACUCUCCCCUAUCCCCUGCUUGCACGACGAGCACGUUCGUAAUCCGGUUCACAACAUCCGAGCGCGCACGCUCUGAUGUUGUGAACCGGCCGACCGGUCGCGACGACGCCAGGGGACGCUCAUUCGUGACGACUCCUUGCAUUGCCUUGGACUAAUAGCUACUCGGCCCUGUAAAUGUUCAACGUUAUUCAUAUUUUUGCUUUUGCUCCCUGCUGGCAUAAACAAAAACGGUCAGUCCGUCUUCCUUUUUUCUCCAACUUGUGAUGACCUCGACGGCCCAGCUGCGCUUGCAAUUUCCUCGUUUUUGUAAGCGGCGUUCCCUGGACGUAGUCGCCGUGGCGGUGGGAAUCUCCGCUCCAUUUGGGGCACUGUGGCAGUGCAACUCGAACACAUCGGAGAGCUAUGCAGCGUGCCCCACAAAAAAACCACCCUACGCAGUAGACGCUGUGUGCACAUCGCACGCGUCUGUUGAAGGCAUCAACGGUCAACGCAGAGCAGUGUGGGUGGGGGCACUAGGGGGUGGAAUUCUGAGAUGUUGCACCAUGCUCAUGAUCUGGUCCGAACCAGAUUCUAAUCGCCUUGCAUCGUAGCACAGGGCAACACCACUUCCUGAUUCCGACACACCGGCAGAGGAUCUGUCGAGUACCAGUAUGACACUUGGGGCCCUGGCAGAAAGCGCUUUCAGAGUCCUCGAUACCUGCGACCCAUGGAACAUAGUGCUUGGUACACUCGAGACAUUGUUUGCCCGGGGGGGAACUUUUUGAAAUUAAACUAGCCCCAGCAGGGCAAGUGGUGCAGGCCCUCUGUGCAGCCGAGCUUACAUCGACUUGAUCCGCUGGGGCAGUGGUCCCCCUCGGCGCUGAGAGCUUUGCGUGUGACCCGACCCCUCAAGUGGAUACACAGUGUAAAGCCUCGUCGAUGGCUUUGGCCAGCAUGGCCUUGCCCGACGGAGCUCCGCAGCAGACAUUUGUCUGCUCAGACGGAUUUGUUACGAGCGCAGGUCAUGUUUAUGUUUUACGCCACUGGAAUUAUUAUUUUUGAAUACACCUGAUGAGAAAUGUUUCCGA